CAGAAAGUAAAGGCUUUAUAUUUCCUCUUCAGGGACGCUGCUCCAAUUUCACCUACCAAACUGCCCACUUCAGCACCAGAAAGCAACAAAGGAGUGUUCGGCAUAAAAUGGAUUCCCUCAGCACAGCAACUGUUGAAUUUUGCCUUGAUGUGUUCAAAGAGCUAAAUAGUAACAACGUAGGAGAUAACAUCUUCUUUUCUCCGCUGAGUAUGCUUUAUGCUCUAAGUAUGAUUCUCCUUGGCGCCAGAGGAAACAGUGCAGAGCAGAUGGAAAAGGUGCUUCACUUUAAUCAUAUUGCAGGAUCAUUAAAACCAGAAUUUAAAGACCCAACUAAGUGCAGCCAAACUGGAAGGAUUCACUCACAGUUGGGAGUCCUACUCUCUCAAAUCAACCAGCCACAUGCUAACUAUACUCUCAGCAUUGCCAACAGACUCUAUGGAACAAAGGAAAUGACAUUCCAUCAGAAAUAUUUAAGGUGUUCUGAGAAAUUGUAUCAAACCAGGCUGCAAGCGGUUGAUUUUGAGCGGUCUACGGAAGAAACGAGGCAAACUAUCAAUGCUUGGGUUGAAAAUAAAACUCAUGGAAAAAUCACAAACCUCUUUGGAGAGGGCACUAUUGACCCUUCCUCUGUAAUGGUCCUGGUGAACGCCAUCUAUUUCAAAGGACAAUGGCAAAAUAAAUUUCAGGAACGAGAGACUAUUAAAACCCCGUUUCAGCUAAGCGAGGGUAAAAGUGUAAUUGUGGAAAUGAUGUAUCAAACUGGAACAUUCAAACUGGCCUUCAUAAAGGAGCCUCAGAUGCAAGUUCUUGAGCUGCCCUAUGUUAACAAGAAACUAAGCAUGAUUAUUCUGCUUCCAGUAGGCACGGCUACUCUAGAACAGAUAGAGAAGCAGUUGAACGUGAAGACAUUUUAUGAGUGGACCAGUUCUUCCAACAUGAUGGAAAGGGAUGUUGAAGUCCAUAUGCCCCGAUUCAAACUGGAAAUCAAGUAUGAGCUGAAUUCCCUGCUAAAAUCCCUUGGGAUGACAGAUGUCUUCAACCUGAUCAAAGCUGACCUUUCUGGAAUAUCACCAGUCAAGGGCCUGUAUUUAUCAAAGGUGAUCCACAAGUCAUAUGUGGAUGUCAAUGAAGAGGGCACUGAGGCAGCAGCAGCGACUGGGGACAACCUUGCCAUAAAAAGACUCCCCAUUCGAGCUCAGUUCAUGGCGAACCACCCCUUUCUGUUCUUCAUAAGGCACAUUGACACCAACACCAUCCUCUUCUGUGGCAAGCUCUCCUCUCCCUGAGCAAAUAGGGUUGAACAAGGCUCAGAGUCAAAGCGGAGCUGCAGGGACAAACCCAUGACUAAGAGCAGUUCAUACUUCACACAUCUCUGUGUCUCAGUUUGCUUGUCUGCAAAAUGGGUCUAGGAUCUCUCCCAACUUAUUCCAUGAGUCAGUGAACACUAAGAUUAUGGUAAUCAUGGAAGAAGGUAUAUAUACAAAAAAAAAAAAAAAAAAGCUUUUUCUGGCUGUCUUAUCUUUAGGACCUCAUUGGAGUGUUGUCUGGGUGAUGUGAUCAAGUCAUUGAGAAACAUUUUAAAGAAUUACAUUUUCUUGACUUGUAUAUAUCAGCUAGCUCUUGAAUAAGUGAUUGCUCUACCUUUACAAAACGAAUUUAAGGGCUUCAGCUUUGUUAGGAUUUUAAAAUAUAAUUUUCCUUGCCUGUGUAAAUAUAACAUCAUGAAUUUUAGUUCAAAAUUCUAUAUUGACUGUAAUAAAUUCAUGAAAUUUCUUGAGUUCUUUGAAGACUUUUAAUAUUUGGCAGCAAUUGAAUGACCUAUGAAAGGAGACUUUGAAUAAGAAGAACUUUAAUCCAG